AUGGGCCGUUUCGGCGCCGUCGAGGUCUCUUCACAGGCCGCUUUCACCCCGAUCCAAAUCAUGAAGGCAAACGUCAUCACGGCGGUAGUCACUAGCCAGGCCUGCCUGGCAUCAGCCGCCCUCUACAACGAGACCAUCCAGACGCAGUACGGCCCAGUACAAGGCAUUCCGGCAUUCGACAGCGAGCCCGUCAACAACAUUUCGAACUGGAAGGAUGUCACCGUUUGGAAAGGUAUCCCGUUCGCGGCCGACACGUCCGGUCAGAACCGCUUUCGCCCGCCACAAAAAAGAGCUGCAUGGAAUUCGACUUUGGACGCCAGCGCAUUUGGCGAUGUCUGCCCAUCCGGAAGCCUCAACUUCGGUGGAGGACCCACCAAACGGCAGGAAUCGUCUGGCAGCGAUGCCACCUCCGGGGAAGACUGCCUCAACUUGAACAUCUGGUCCGCGGCAAAUUCGACCGACGCCAAGCUCCCCGUCAUGAUUUGGUCGUAUCCGGCCGGAGGAUCAGCCGCCCAAUCGCUGUUCGACGGCGGGGGCAUGGCAGCGAAGGGGGUCGUGUUUGUCAAUUACAACUACCGCGGUGGCGCACUGGGCUGGCUGGCGCAUCCUCAGCUGGGGUCGGAAAUGGUAGGCGAGGUCGGACGCAACGUGUCGGGCAACUGGGCCAUGCUGGACCAGUUCGCAGUGGUGAAAUGGGUUCACGAGAACAUCGCAGCCUUCGGCGGAGACCCCGAACAGAUAACCGUCGCAGGACAGUCUGCCGGAUCCGCCGCCACAUACCACAUGGUCAACAGCCCCCUCACCAAGGGCCUCAUCAAGGGCGCCAUCGUCGAGAGCGGCAUCCGAUACCCGUUUGACCCGCUUUGCUCGUCGCUGGCCGAGAACUACAGGAACAUGACGACCGCCCUGGCCACAGGCGUCAGUCUGAUGGAGAGCCUCAACGUCACGACCAUCGACCAACUGCGCCAGCUCUCUCUCGACACGCUCAACACCGCCUCGGGCGACUUCGGCGCUGUGCUCGACUACUGGGCCCUGCCCGACACGUACUACAACACGAUGCUGAACGGCCCCGCCAACGACGUGCCCCUGAUCACGGGCAACACCAAAGACGAAAGCGGCGCCUCGCUCCCCAUCAACAUCACCGUCUCCGAGUACACCCAAGACCUGCAAGACCAGUACGGCUCCGACUUCGCCCAGCGUUUCCUCGCCCUCUACCCGGCCACCAACAGCACCCAGGCCGGCAUGUCGUUCAACGCCCACUAUCGCGACACCUCGCGCGUCUCCAGCUGGCUGUACGCCAACGGCUGGGACGCGAGCCCGACCGAGAGCCCCAUCUACACGUACUACUGGGACCACGCGCCGCCGGGCCAGGACCGGGGCGCGUAUCACGAGUCGGAGAUCUGCUACGCCCUCAACAACCUCUACGGCACCGACUACCCCUGGGAGGAGCAGGAUUUCGUCAUCGCCGAGAAGAUGUCGGCGUACUGGGCGAAUUUCGCGAAGACUGGGGACCCCAACACGGGCGCCUCUUACACCGGACCCGGCGAGUUGGUGCACUGGAACACGUCCUCGCCGACCAAGAACGUGACGAUGCACCUGGGCGAUGGGUGGGGUGACACGCCGCUGGCCAGCCCCGAGCAAGUGCAAUUGCUGAGCGACUUCUUUGCUACCCAGCCCGCGUUCUGA